AUGCCCAGCAAGACCAGAGUCUACAACUGGUUCAUUGCCAUGGUAGCUGCGUCUUGUAUGACGCUCUACGGCUUUGACUCCAGUGUCUUCAACGCUCUCCAGGCCUCGGAGAACUGGCUGAACUGGUUCAAUCUCGACCUCAAGAAUGACAGUUACACUGUCGGUCUCAUCAACACAUGCUACACUAUCGGUGCUAUCGUUAGUGGUUUCUUCAUCGGUGGCCCCUUGGCUGAUUGGCUUGGUCGACGUGCCGGUAUGGGUAUUGGUUGCUUCAUCACCAUCAUCGCCGCUAUCAUCCAGGCUUUUGCCCCCAAGGGAAAGCUUGGUGUCUUCAUUCUCGGCCGUGUCCUCAUCGGUAUCGGCCAGGGCACCGCUCUCACUGCUGGCCCUGUUUACAUCGGUGAGGUUGCCCCCGCUGAGAUUCGAGGUCAGGUCAUGACCUUCUGGCAACUCUUCUACUCGGUCGGUGCCUUUAUUGCCUACUGGAUCAACUUCGCUUGCGGCAAGAACCGAGAGAAGCUUGGCGAGUGGGAUUGGCGCAUGGUUGUUAUCUUCCAGGUCAUGGUUCCCAUCUUUGUCAUCAUCCUGCUUCCAUUCCAGCCAGAAUCUCCUCGUUUCCUCAUCAAGAAGGGAAAGAUCGACGACGCCCGCUCCGCCCUUCGAAGUAUCCGUGACACUGAGGAGGAGGUUGAGGACGAGGUCCUGGCUAUCCAGGCUGCUAUCGAGUACGAGAAGGAGGCCAUCAGCCCUGGAUACCGUGCCCUUUUCAAGGACCCCUCUAUCAGGAAGCGCUUCGGUAUUGCAGUUGUCCUCAACGUCGGCCAGCAGCUCACCGGCCAGGGUACCCUCAACACCUACUCCACUUCCAUUUACAAGCAAGUCUGGACUUCGACUGAGAAGAUCAACCUCAUCAACGCUUUGUGGGCCACCAUGGGUAUUCUAUUCACUUUGAACGCUGUAUGGACCGCCGAUCGCUUUGGUCGCCGAUGGCUCUUCAUGGUCGGUGCCGCGGGUAUGGCUGUCUGCAUGUUGAUUGUUCCCGUCAUUGGUCUCGCUACUCCCACCCCCAAGACCGAGCCCACUGCUAUUGGCAUUGUUGUCAUGCUCUACCUCUUCAUCUUCUUCUAUAAGCCUUCAUGGGGUGCCGGUGUCUGGAUGUGGACCAGUGAAGUCUUCUCCGCCAACGUCCGAACCCAGGCCGUCGGUAUGGCCUCUCAAUGCCAGAAUGUGGCCAACACCAUUUUCCAACAGUUCUUCCCAACAUUCCUCGCCAAGACCGGCCUCAAGUGCCUCUUCUUCUUCUUUGCCGUCAACAUCCUGCUCUGCAUUUUUGUCUUCUUCUUUGUCCCUGAAACCAAGGGUAUCGCUCUUGAGCACAUGGAUACUGUUUUCGGUGGUGCCGAUCACACUGAGAAGGGUGCCCAGAUGCUCGGUGUUGACACUGCUCAACAUCAGACCCAAGAGUUCAAGGACGGGGCUGAGAUUCAGCAGAGCGAGAAGAAGCGCGAGUCUGUUUAA